UUGAGACAUCCAACCUCUUCUUUUUGUACGCUUCUUUCUCUUUUCUACCACUCCUUUAGUCACCACGAACGACACAUCACAAGAUGGCACCAACGAAAGCGGUUGACGAUCGCAACGGCGACAUCGAAAGCAGGCCUGAAGAAGAGACGUUGUUGUUGCCACACGAUUUGCCACUUACAGUCGCCCCGAGCAGGAUAUACCAGCUUAAGGUCAUUGGUCUGGCAAUGACCUUUAUUCUUAUCGUCGAAGUUGGCGCCUAUCUCCAGAUCCCGCCUUCGUAUCAGCUCAUGGAAGAAAUCAUCUGUCGCAAACACUACCCCGACCACAUCAUGUCGGCAGAGGAUGAUGAUGUUUGUAAGGGCUCUGAUGUACAGGGCGAGCUAGCCAUGAUCAAAGGCUGGCAAAACUCAUUCGACUGUGUCCCGUACAAGUAUGGCCGCCGCCCAGUCCUGUCCCUGGCCAUGCUGGGUAUCACGUUGGAGCUUGCCUGGAUGUUGCUUCCCCUACUGUGGCCCAAUGUUCUCCCUCUCUGGACUAUGUGGUUCGGAGCUGUCUUCCAAUUCAUAGGUGGAGGCGCAGGCAUGAUUCAAGCUAUGACUUGGACCAUGAUCUCUGAUGUCGUCCCCAUUUUCAGCCUGACCGCGGUUUACUACAAGAUUGGCGCAAUUGCGCUAGCGGGAGAACUCGUAGUUGCGCCCCUGAGCGCCUACCUCUUGAGCAAGAACCCAUGGCUGCCUCUUAGCGUCGGCAUGGUCCUUUUGAUCAUCGGCACAUGCCUGCCGCCCUUCAUCCCAGAGACGUUGGACCUCCGCCGCGCUGCCGAUCAGGAGGUUGAGCAGACACUCUCGCGAUCCGAAGAAGAUGCAAGAGACAAGCGCACACUCAAGCAGCAGAUCGUCUUCGCCGUGAAGAACGAUAUGAGUCAUGUCUACACCUUUUUGAUAAAAUCCAAGAGCGUGAUUUCCCUCGUGCUCGGUUUUAACCUUACAGUUAUUGUAAAGUAUGUCAAGAUAGACAUCAUGUCCCAAUACGUGCACAACUUAUUGGGGUGGUCUUGGGCAAAGGCAACACUUCUUGGGACCGUCUCAACAGUUACAAACAUGGUCAUGCUACUCGCCAUUCUUCCGGCACUGAGCUGGCUGAUCACCAAGCGUACGGGCGUCCAUCCUCUGGUCCGGGACCUGUGGCUCACCCGAAUGAGCGGUAUCCUCCUGGCUAUCGGUUGCUUCAUGGUCGCCGUUGCAUUCGCGCCUUGGUUCUUGAUUAUCGCCCUCAUCAUCUUCUCAAUGGGCACCGUUUACACAAAUAUCUGCCGAGCAAUUCUCAACGCCGUCGUUGAGCCGCACACGAUUGGCACACUGAACACAGCCAUCACCUGGGUAGAGCAGGUGAGCUUGCUCGUUUCAGCGCCGGUGAUCUCGAGCUUGUUGAAAGCCGGCAACUCGGCAGGCGGCAUCUGGCUUGGUCUGCCGUACAUGGCGGCGACUGUCAUGGCUAUUGGUGGUACUGCGAUUGCGUUUACCUAUCGUCUGCCUAGAGACAAGAUCCGCUAGAUAUGGAUCAUGUUGGUAUCUGGGAGGGAUAGACCUCGAUUCAAGGAAGACAUAGAUACCCGCCAGGACAUAGAGAGGUGUAUAACCUACAUAUAAAUGCGCUCAAUGUGUAUACAAAAUCCAACAGUCAAAGUUGCAAUAGCCAGUGAUUUUUGCUCUCAUUGAGAAUUACCCCUUUUGAAGGAAAGAACCAAAGUUGAUAUCUUCAGUAUUCUCCAUGUUGCGACUAAGACCAAUCCAGGGCUAAAAUAAUUUAGAUUCUCUUGACUGCCAGACUUACUCAUCCCAUUGUUACGAGUUGCUCGAAGAUGGCAAGAUUCGAGGUCAUUGAUAGACAAAAAC